AUUGGAUUCAUUUUUCCUUGUAAUAGGUCGGGUUUUGUUUCAUUGUACAUUGUUUUUCGUGGUGGAUAAAGAAUAUUUAUUUCUUGUCAUAUUCUGUUUUUUUUUCUUCCCCCAGAAUUGCAAUUGGAUUCCAGAUGUCAGCCAAACUGUGUAUUAUUUUUUCUGUAGUGAUUUAUUAUUCUGCACGAGUUAAAUGUGUAAACACCGAUUCUUACGGAACGGAACCAAAUAUCGGGUCAGCGCUGCUUCAGUUGGGGAAAAAAAUGAAACAUCCAUUACUUCAACUUCUUGCUAAGGCUUUUGACAGUCUUGAAUACAGGAUUGAAAAACUUGAAAAAUUCUCACAAGAUAUUAACAUAAAAAGUCAAAUGACAGAAACGGACGGAAGGGGUGCCAGCUUCGAUACAGCAAUAAAGGAAUCUGAAUUAAGACUGAAAAAGUUGAUUACAGAAAAUAUUGAUACACUUUCAAAAAAAAUAUGCAGCACGACCACGUGUACUGGGUGGUUUGAAUGGAAUGAAUGUGACUCCAAAAAUAAUUCAAAUAACGGACUGCAAAACAGCAUCACAGAAUAUGUGAAAACAGUUUAUUUCUGCCCUGAAGCUGGUGAAAGAAAGUGUAAAAUCUGUGCUGACGACUAUAGCCAAGAUUCUUCCCAGUCAGGAGGCCGAUGCAAAGACUUGCGCCCGGAACUUGCUGUAUCUCCUAUGAAGGCCGAGGAGCCAGAGGGAUCUACCGUUGUUUACCAGUGUCAAGUUAAGAGUGGUGAGGGACCAUUAAAUGUUGUAUGGAGCAGACAAGACAAAAGACAGUUACCAGACAGAGCCACGGUCAGUCCCAAAUAUUCCCUUACUAUCCGAAACCUAAAGAGAGAUGAUACUGGCAGAUAUUCAUGUUCUGCUACAAACAGAUACGGUGCAACAAGACAGGAGGUUGAGCUUAUCGUCAUUGCUGAUGAGAGACCAGAGAUUACAAUCAUUGUAAGACAGACUAAGUACGUAAGUAUCGUCGGAGAAACUGCUCGUCUUGAAUGUUACACCGAAGAUGAGACUGGCAGGGUAACGUUAUUCUGGUCUCGCUCUAGUGGUCUACCUUACGGAUCAUCACAAGAUAACGGUAUCCUGACAAUUCCGAAUGUUCAACCGAGCUAUGCUGGUAACUAUGUUUGUACUGGAACAGACAGAGAAAGUAGACGUGUUGGUACAGCAGUAGCCGUUCUUGGUGUGCAGAUUGAGGAAGAAAGUACGUUAUUGUCUUAAUAUUCUUUUCAUGGUUGAUUUUAUUUAAAAAAAGUGUUAAUCUCAUGUAUAUAAAAAGAUUUUGCUUUCAUCAGUUGUUAGAAUUAGCUAAUUAGAUUAUAACAACCUAUUAAUAGCUGUUAAAGGUGCAUAAGAGUUUCAUUAUAUUUCUGUUUUAAA